AUGAUCCGGAACCUGGCGGAGCGUGCUUGUGCUGCUUGCCCUGAAGCACCGGCAUGGCGGCAGAUUCUCUUGCUCUUGCUGGGAACAUGGAUGGCUUUGUGCGGUGGCAGUCUCUAUGCUUUCUCCAGGUUCGAAGUGCAGAUCAUGAGCCGCUGCGGCUUGACGGCACAGCAACUGGACGUGGUCUAUGCCGCCGGUCAGGCUGGCGUGGGCUUGGGCAUCAUCCCUGGCACACUUUAUGAUCUUCGUGGUCCUGUCGGCGCGUGCCUCUAUGGUGCUGUCUUCAACGCUGCUGGGAAUUUCGGCAUGUCCUUGAUGCUGCAAAGAGAGGGCUGUGGCGGUGUUUCCACGCUGGCUUUUUGGUAUUUCCUGGUGCAGCAGGGCUCGGUGGCCAUCUUCCAAGCUGGUUUGUUCUCCAACAUUGCCAAUGCUCCGCCAAAGAUGCAGGGCGUGAUUACUGGCAUCGUCUCGUCGGGCUACGGACUGUCCGCGGCCUUUGUGACGCUGCUCUUUGCCUUCUUCGGAGAGGACUUGGACCAGUACUUCAAAGGCACCGGGGUGUUGUUCGCCAUCACCGGCCUUGUGGCGGCCGCUUUGAUGCCGUGUUUGCAUGGCAAACCACGCCUUGCUUAUGGAAGGCUGCCGGAGGUCACAGGGAAAGAUGAGGCUGGUGUUUCUCCGCCGCCGACGAAGCUUGGUCGCCAGGAGGAGUCCGAGGAGCUGGAGCGAGCGGCCCCGGCGACGCCGUCCUCCAAGUCGGUGCCGCACAUGAGUCGGAAGGACAUCCUGUGCCGAUUGGACUUUUGGCUCUUUCUGAUGUCCUUCGUUCUCCUGCAAGCCAUUGGAUCUGGUCUCUACAUUGCCAAUCUGUCACUGAUUGGAGAUUCUUUAGGGAUCUCUGCCGACCACCGUGCGAUCUAUGUGCGUGCCGUGUCGUACAGCAACUGUUUGGGCCGGCUUUGCGUCGGUUUUGCCAUGGAUGCCUUGGAAAUCAGAGGAGUGCAUCGCUCGGAUCACAUCGUUGUCACCGCCGUGGGUGUGAUGCUGUCGUCCUUCGCGCUGCUGCUGCUCCCCGAGGAGGUGGUGCCACAUGCCCUUCUGCCGGCCCUGGCAGUCACUGCAGCCGCCUAUGGUGCCAACUGGGCGAUCAUGCCGUCCUUCAUUGCGAAGCGAUUCCAAGGGUCCCACGUUGGAGUGAUGUUCAAUGUUCACAGCGGGCACAUUGCUGUGGCGGUUCUGCUGACCUCCUAUGCGGUGGGAGGCUUGUAUGACAUUGAAGCGGCGCAGCAGGGGCAAGAUGCCUUCUGUCGUGGUGCCAUAUGCUGGCGCUCGUCCUUUGCCUUGGGCGCUGGUCUCCAGACGCUGGCGCUGUUGGUUGGUUUGGUUCUGGCGUGGUCAGUGCGCCGCUGCGGCGGAGACAUGCAUAGAACGUGA